AUGGUUUCCGUAAUCCUCGGAUCCUGCGUUGAGAAUCGAUCGGAUUCCCCAUAUUUUAUCGCCUCACUUCUGAAACAUAAUUGUGUAACCACGACAAAAUUCCGAAGCAGCCGUAAACUGUACAAAAAAUAUCGCCCACGGAACGGUACGGUUGAUCACAUACCCGUAACGUUGACCGUACACGGACGGUUUCCCGACGACAACGACCGUAUGAAUACUUAUACGGCCGUAUUUUGGGUCAUCGGAGGUGCUCACGGUACGGAGCCGCAUCCGUAUCCGCAGUACAUAUCUACCGUACUACGGUUACGGUGCACAUUCCUACGCGUCAGAAACAAGGGCGGGGGUUUAAAGUUUUCUCUGAGUCAGAAAGGAAAGCUGAGAUCCCUGAGAAGAGGAGCACGGAGUCCGGCCGAUGUUUUGGCGUUCUCUCCGCAACAACGACCAUUCACUUAUCCCGUCUUUGUAUGCGAGGCUUGGGUGUGCAAAGCUCUCAGUUCUUUUUGUUUUGACCGUUAUGCCUCUGUCCUCGUCAGUGGCUUCAUUCCAGCACGGCUCGUCCCACUGUGGGUUGAAGAAACCGCUACUAGACAGGAUAUUUUCAGCGCGAGUGAUCGGAGCGCCGGGCAGUUAGCUUGCUUUAACCUUAAUCUCUACGUAGUCCAGCACACCCACAUUCCGGCGUUGUCCUCCUCCCGCCUCAGACUACCGCCAUAA